AUGUCAGACGUUUCCGAAAUAUACAAGAGAUUACAAAUUUUUGAAAGGCCACAGUGUCUUCUUGAGACUGACAAAGAUGGAUUUUUAACAAUUGUAAAGGAAACCGCGGAGGAAAUGGAACAGAUAACGUCGCCCGUGAAUGUGGUUGCUAUAGCGGGUCUUUACAGAACUGGAAAGUCGUACCUUAUGAACCGUUUAGCAGGCGAAACAGCAGGUUUUGCACUUGGAAGUUCCAUCCAAUCGAAAACGAAAGGAAUAUGGGCAUGGUGUAGAGCACAUCCGACGCAGAGAGGCCAAGUUUUGCUGCUUUUAGAUACUGAGGGAUUAGGGGAUGCUGAAAAGGGCAGUCAAGAUCAUGACAACAGGAUCUUCAUCAUAGCUACAUUAUUAAGCAGUACGCUUGUUUACAAUAUGAUGACAGCAUUUAAUCAGGAUGCAAUCGAAAAGUUGACGUAUCCUUUCUGAGCAACUUA